AAAGGAGGUGUUUCUCCCAUAUAACAGAAUUUCCACGGGAUUGAUGCAGUUCCGAUUAGCGUCAGUUGUCGCGAAUAACAAAUUUGAUGCGAGACACAGUUCACUAGUAAAUUACAUUAAUAAUUCAUUAAAAUACAAUUGAUUAAUAUAUUUAUUACGUGUGAAAUUCACUAAUUUACGGUAACAUCCUCAAUGUAUUUCUAGAGGAUAUAAAAUAUUUUUUAAGUAUAAAAAGAUUCCAUAUUAAAACGAAUUUCUAAUAACAUUUCUACGUUAUACUUAUGACACUUUUAUUGCCGUUAAAUAAUAAAUUAAACAAUGUGGUUUAUAAUAAUUUUUCUGACAAUGACAAUAUUUACGAUAAAAAUUUUGCACGGCUGGCAACGUCCAUCAAUGUUCCCUCCAGGACCCCGAGGUCUGCCGAUCGUGGGAAAUAUACUCGACGUGAAACGUCUAGUUGAUGAAACCAAGUUUUAUUCCCAUGCCUGGUGUCGGUUGGCCGAUAUUUACGGACCCAUCGUCGGCUUGAAACUUGGUAUAUCCGAACCGCUGAUCAUUGUUUCGGGUAAGGACGCUGUAGUCGAAAUGAUGGGUCGACCUGAGUUUGACGGCAGACCUGAUGGAUUUAUACACAGAUUUCGGACGGGAGGUGAACGAAGAGGCGUACUGUUCACGGACGGUGAUAUCUGGCGAGAUCAAAGAAGAUUUGCCUUGAGAACAUUGAAGGAAUUUGGAUUCGGUAAAGUCACAAUGGAGGACAUAAUAUUAAACGAUGCUAUUUCCUUAACGAGUACGAUAGAGUCGCUAGCUAAAUUGGGACCCAUUACAAACUUGUACAAUAUUACCUCAAUAGCCGUCCUUAAUAGUUUGUGGACAUUAAUUGCUGGAUCAAGAUAUGACUUGCAAAAUCCAAAAUUAACAGAGAUUUUGUCAGUAGUAAACGAUCUCACCAGAAAUAGUAAUGCCACAGGCGGCAUAUUGACCCACUUGCCUUUUUUGAGAUAUAUCAUCCCAGGAUUGACCGGAUUUACUGUGUUAGAUCAAAGAUUGGCACGAAUGUGGCAAUUUUUCGGGUCCGAAAUAACGAGGCACAAACAAACUAGAACGCACGGCGAGAUCAGAGACUUUAUCGAUGUUUAUUUAGCGGAGAUGGACAGCAAGCAAUCAAAUCCGACCGUAUCAUCUUUUAACGAAGAACAAUUAAUCGGUGUUGUGAAAGACCUUUUCACCGCCGGUGUAGAAACGACAAAUAAUACUAUUGGUUUUAUAAUAACGUAUCUUGUGGCAAAACAGGAUGUACAAAGAAAAGUGUAUGAGGAAAUCGAGAGAGUGCUAGGCAAGGAAGUACUACCUCGCACAGAAUACAAAAAUCGACUGCCAUACUUAAACGCGACGAUAGCGGAGGUAUCGAGAUUAGCGAAUGUCGGUCCAACCUCAAUCCCUCAUCGGGCAAUGACUGACUCUACUCUCCUGGGUUACAAGAUAAAAAAGAAUUAUACUUUGUUGGCUAAUCUGCGAAGCGUACAUAUGGACGAGCAACAUUGGGGCGAUCCGAAGGAAUUUCGGCCAGAAAGAUUUAUUAAUGACAAAGGAGAGUACAUCGAGGACCCUUGGCUGAUACCAUUCGGCUUAGGUCGUCGAAAGUGCUUGGGCGAGAUCUUGGCGAGGAACAGCGUAUUCCUGUUUACUGCAUGUCUAUUGCAGAAAUUUCAAUUUGUGUUAUCCCCGGAACAUCCCGACCCCAUUUUAGACGGUCUGGACGGCUUUACAAUCGCGCCACCUAAUUUAAGUGUUAUUGCUAUCAAAAGAAAUGACUGCUUAAUUUUUCAUUGAUGCAUGUAAUGUAAUGUA